AGGUCAAAAUAGGAAAUCAACCAAAAACAAAUUCAACGAACCCCAAAUCCCCUUAACCGCCAACCUCACACGCCUUCCCACGCAAGUUAACAAGAAAAGGUAUUUACAAAUCCAUCGUCUCAUAAAAACUCUGUGCUAUACAUAAAAAGAAACAAACAAAACCAACUUCACACCGCCCACUUGAUUAACAAGCAAGCACGCAAGCAAUAAACCUUUGGCGGUGUUUUCCGGUUGGCUAUUAAUUCCCUAUUUCUAUCAUUUCCUUCAUUCUUUUUCCCCAAGCUAUUAAACAAACUAAUAUUACAUAUACAUAUACAAAUCCUAUUUCUACUUUGAUUUGGUUCUACAAGAAUUUAACACUAGUAUAUAAUCCUCCACUUUUCUUGGCACAAUGUGCUUUUUGUUGUCCUAAGCAAGUAUUGAUUCUUUUUUUUUUCAUUGUGAAUAUUCUCUACUUUACAUUCUGUUCUUUUCUUAGCUACCUUCAAUUUGCAUUCCAUAAGAAUCAAAUUCUCUACGGGAAUUUGAUUGAACUUAAAUCGAACACUUGUUAGUUUUUUUUUUUUUUUUUUUUUUACCAAAGUGUCCUCCUCCAUCAACCAAUAGGAUUUCUAUAUUUCUUCUGAGAUAUUCUGUAAUGGACAACUUUGUUAAGCCUCAGUUCUUCUCUUUUCUUCGUGAGGGAGCAGCAGUUCAUCACAAAAUUAUGGCUCAGCCGGGAUUUGAAAAUCGAUUCGCAGAAUCUACGAGCUCAAGCAAUGAUGAAGUUCAAGAUGCGGAAGUUUCAGAUUCAGAGAGUUCAAUUGUUGGCUCGAAAGAUCAAGAGAAAAGUAGUACUGGUUUGAUGAGAAUUGAUGAAAGUGAUAAGGUAUACGGGAUUAUAUGCAACAAGUUUUUAUCGGGUUUGGGUUGUUUUGGAUCAUCAACGCAGAUUACGGCAAUUCAUAAGGAGACUUGUUCUAGCUUCACCAAGCAAGCGAAGCUUCAAUCGUUCAUAAUUUACUCGAAAGCUGUGGAGAAAAAGUGUGGAGGAAAUGCCAAUGUGAAGUACGCGUGGUAUGGAGCUUCGAAGGAUGAAAUUGACAACAUAUUCUCGUAUGGUUUUUCUCAUCCAUCGAACAAUGGAGAUUAUUCUGAAGCUAUAUGCCUUUCUCCGGAUGACAAUUCACUCGAUUGUCUGCGAAUUGCUGUUCCUGAUAAAAAUGGGAUAAGGCAUCUAUUGCUUUGUCGUGUGAUAUUGGGAAGAAGUGAAGUUGUUCAUCCUGGAUCAGGACAGUGCCAUCCGAGUUCCGAGGAAUUUGAUACAGGGGUUGAUAAUUUACUUUCUCCUAGAAAGUAUAUUGUGUGGACUACUCACAUGAAUAGUUAUGUUUUCCCGGAGUUCGUGGUCAGUUUCAGUCUCACCUCACACGUCAAAGAUUCUCAAAGGAAUGGAGUUCGUAUGGAGAAUCCAAAAUCACCCUGGAUUACAUUUCCUGCACUGAUUGCUGCCCUGUCGAAAUUCUUGCCUCCUCAGACGGUCAAGUUGAUUACAAAAUAUCAUAGGGAUCAUAAGGGGAGAAAGAUCUCAAGGCGCGACUUGAUUCAGCAAGUGAGAAAACUAGCGGGAGAUGAGUUGUUAACUGCAAUCAUCAAGUCCUGCAAGAAUAAGCAAAGCAAAGGAUCAGCUGGAAACUCAUCCACCACAAGCUCAAUUAACUUUGAACAACGAGAUGGAAGAUGCUGCGCUUGCCAGAAGAGUUGUUGAAUAAUUUUCUUGAUGAAUACACCGACAGAAGCAGGGAGAAUGAAACGUUAUAAGAUCGACAUCCACUAACCAAGCUAAGUGUGACGCGGAGGAAUUAGCUGCUGCUGAUUCAUGGGAUGCAAAGGAUGUUUUCUGACAAAUUAGUCUUUGAAGUUUAGCUCAAUUCCCCUCUAACCCGCAUCUCUUCACACGGUUCUUCUUCUUUUUUUCUUUUUUGCUUUGUAACCCCAAAGUGGUCUUAGAGUAACAGUCUAUCCCAAAGUAAUAGAUAGUUGUAAUAGUUCCCUGAUCAAUUCUUGUUGAUGUAGAGUAAAACAACAAAUUGCUGUCCAA